UAUCUGAGGAUUUACUUCAGCCCGCAGCAGCAGCAGCAGCAGCAACACACGCCACACAGUCUUGGUGCACACAUUGGCUCUGUGGCGGACAUCAGGGGCACUUCCAGGUGGAGGACAACGCAGCGGGCACCCUGCAGGACCCAGACAUGCCGUGUGACGGGCUGCAGGUGGUGACAUGCGCCGUGCUGACGCUGCUGUGUGGGGCUGCUGUGUGUGUGAGCGCCGUGAUGGAGGCUGCUGACUCCUGCCCUGCAGAGUGCGACUGCUCCGAGUGGAGGACGCGCACCAUCUCCUGCGUUGACAUUGAUAUUCUCCCCAGGUUCCCGGCGAGCACCGAGGCGCUAUGGUUUUUCGAGACCCAACUGUCAUCCAUGCCAGCGGAUGUCUUUUCCAACUUGGUCAACAUCUCAUGGAUAUAUAUAUCAGUGGACGUGAAGCUGCAGAGGCUGGAGAGGCACUCAUUCUACGGCCUGAGGAAAAUCACCCACAUAGAGAUACGUAACGCAAAGAGUCUGACCUAUGUUGACCCAGAAGCCUUUAAGAACCUCCCAAACCUCAAAUAUCUGGGGAUUUUCAACACUGGCCUCACUUUCUUCCCUGACUUGACCAACAUCCACUCUAAUGACAUGAACUUCAUAUUGGAAAUUGUUGAUCAUCCCUACAUCACUGAGAUCCCAGCCAACUCAUUCCGUGGCAUCACCAGCGAGGUGCUGACAGUGAUGCUGUAUGGAAAUGGCUUCAGAGAAAUCCAGCAUCAUGCCUUCAAUGGGACCAAGCUGGAUCAAGUCGACCUGCACAGGAACAAGUAUUUGACCAAGAUGGAUGAAAGGGCUUUUGCUGGCACCAUUAGCGGCCCCAUGCUUCUAGAUGUGUCCCUGACAGGGAUCAGCGCGCUGCCGACCACAGGUAUGGAUUCGCUCAGAGAGCUGAAGGCGCGCAACGCCUGGGCCCUCAAGAAACUUCCGCCUAUCAAAACCUUCAAGCACCUCACCAUCGCAAACCUCACGUACCCCAGCCACUGCUGUGGGUUUAAAAACCUCAAAAAGAAACGAGGCUUUUUGGAGUACAUCAUCUGUAACCUGACUGUUCUCCAAGACCAGCAUCACAAGCGCUCCGUGGGGCCCCUCCGCAUGCCUUCCCUCCAAGGGGACAGCGUGGUCGAAACAGUCCCCGACCUAGAGCCAAGUGACGGAGGUCAGACAGACUCCCAGCAAGACUGGUGGAGAGGUGACUUCCAUGGCAGCCUCCACUACCACGCCUAUUUUGGGGGCCAGCCAGAUGAGGAUGUGGGUUUUGGAGAGACCCUAAAGAACCCCCAAGAGGAUACCAGCCAAGAUUUUGACAGUCGUUAUGAUUAUGUGGUGUGUGAGGAGGGAGAGGAGGUGGCGUGUUCGCCAGUACCCGAUGAGUUCAAUCCUUGUGAGGACAUAAUGGGUUUUGGCUUCCUGCGAGUGUCUGUGUGGUUUGUAAGUCUGCUGGCCAUUCUGGGAAACGUGAUAGUGCUCCUGGUGCUGCUCACCAGCCAUUACAAGCUCUCUGUCUCCCGCUUCCUCAUGUGUCACCUGGCCUUUGCAGAUCUGUGCAUGGGGAUUUAUCUCCUGCUCAUUGCCUCAGUAGACCUCCACACACGGGCUGAGUACUUCAACCAUGCCAUAGACUGGCAGACGGGUCCUGGUUGUGGACUUGCAGGUUUUUUUACGGUCUUUGCCAGUGAACUGUCUGUCUACACCUUGACAGUGAUCACUCUGGAGAGGUGGUACGCCAUCACCUUUGCCAUGAGGCUGGAUCGCAAGCUGCGUCUGCACCAUGCAGCAGCUGUGAUGCUAGGUGGCUGGUUUUUCUGCCUUGUCCUCGCGCUGCUUCCUCUCGUUGGGGUGAGUAGUUAUCAGAAGGUCAGCAUCUGUCUCCCGAUGGACACCCAGUCCACAGUGGCUCUGGUCUACAUCUUGUCAGUGCUGGUCCUCAAUAUUCUGGCCUUUCUUGCCAUCUGCGCUUGCUACUUCAAGAUCUACUGCGCAGUGCACAACCCUCACUAUCAUUCUGGAUCCAAGGACACAAACAUCGCCAAGCGAAUGGCUGUCCUCAUUUUUACUGACUUCUUGUGCAUGGCGCCCAUUUCCUUCUAUGCCAUGUCAGCCGUGCUGGACCGGCCACUCAUCACUGUUUCCAACUCCAAGAUUUUAUUGGUGCUAUUCUACCCGCUCAAUUCUUGUGCCAACCCGUUCCUCUACGCCAUCUUCACCAAAGCGUUCAGGGGGGAUGUGUUCAUCCUCCUCAGUAAGGUGGGGCUAUGUCAGCAGCAGGCACAGCUGUUCAGAGGCCAGACGGUGUCAUCGAAAGGCAGCAGCGGGACAUCUCAGGUCCGUAGAGACAAGUGUAAGGUCAGGAAAGGAGAAAGUGGAGGGCAGGAUGAGGUGCCCAUACACCUGAGGAAAUGCUCUGGACAUACCUACCAUCAAGCAGUCAGCCAGCAGGCAGGCCCUGAGGAGAGCCAGAGCCUGAACACGUGAGCCAAACACCAGCUUGAAGAUGUAAAAAGAGAAGUUAGACAGGUUCAGGUGGGACAGGAGAGGCCUUGAAGUGUUUGUCGACAGAUCCGUUUGGAUAUUUCACAGAAAGCUCCAGUAUUCUGUAUCUGCUUCAACUUUCAGGCCAAGUUCAGCUGUUUUCACAAUUACAGCUGUGAUGAUUUUAUGGUUCCAGUUGAUGGAAAAUAUCAAGUGUCAGUGAAAUAUGAGCUCGACUUCAUCUCAUUUAUAGUCCUUUCUAUUCUGAUGGACUGGAUAGAACAGAGUUCAUCGUAAGGAGAAUAGAUAUAAAACUCAAACAUACAUUGAUGAAUAUGUUUUAUUUUUCCAGCAUUUUAUUAUUGUCUUGAGUUUAAUUCAAGUUCCUUAUCUGCUCGCAGUGUGGCAUUGAGGCACAAGAAUAUACCGUACGUCAAGUUGUCUCAAGCAUUUCAGUUUCCAGUGAUAAGAGGAACUAUUUGUGUCGUAUUUAUACUUGGUUCAAGGACACACGGCCAUUCACAGUGGAAUGUGCAUACGGUUGAUGAAAAUACAAAAACACAGCAUUUGUUAUCAUUUCAUCAAUACCUGUACCUCUGUAUAUAAUCUAAAUACAAUGUGGUGUUUGGUGAUUUAUAGAUGAAAAUAUGACAGUGUCUGUAAUUUCUAUGCAUUUCUUAAGGGUGUUUACCUUAAACUGAAAGGAAUUGUGCUCGACUGUAAUGUUGGACACCGGACAUGAGUGUUUAAACAGUGAAAGUGGACUCUUAACUUGUACUUUAAUGUGGCUUAUACCUGUAUCAAAUUGAUAUAUCCCUAUUUUGAGAUUCAUGAA